CGAGUUCUGAAAGUUCUAAGUUCCAAAAUAGCGAAAUGACUGUUAGUAUGUCUCAAUAUGAGUAUUUCUUAGAUGAAGAGAUGAAUCACCCUUAAAUGUGAAAGCCGUGUCAUGCCUUUUCUGCAGAAGCGCCUAUUAUUGACAACAAGGAAGAAGUGCAGCAGGAGAACUGGUGUGAUUCGCAACUGAUUUUCUCACUACUGCUUUUUGGAAAAUACACAUUUAUAUUUAACCAAUAAGAACCCAUGGUGACACCAGUGUAACAAGCACUUUGAGUGCCCCCGUCUCUUCCUUGUAAAGCUUUAUGUCUGACCUUAACUCAUUAAGUCCUGUAAGGAAAAAUGGGUCUGGGUUCUUAAGGGAUAAUUUAAUAAUAACAACUGAAAGAUCCUCUACAGGACUUGAUUAGAAAUGCGUGUUUUGCCACCACAGAGUUUUGACAUGAUGAAAAAGAAGAUCAUUAUCCUAACAAUUAUCAUUAUGUAGGGGGGGACACACACACUCUAAUCAGAAGUUUCAUCUUUGCAAAAUCUAAUGUUAAAAUUUCAUAUCUGAUGUAAACUGCUAAGUGCAGGGUUACAUCAAGUACAUCGUGUUUUUGCAUUCAUGUGUCAUAAUAUAUUCAAUAAAUCUACUGAACAGUCUCCACCAUACGAAAGAAGUUCGGGAAGUUAAACCAAGCAGAGCAUUCAAUAAAUGCUAUCAUUACUCGAAUCCUGUCACCUGUCUUUCUGUAAACGCAGUCAUGUGGGUUUGCGGUUUUCUUUAACUGCGCUCAGUUUCACUUUCAUUUCAUGGAAACGGCUCGCUCCACCUUCUGAAACGACUGUGCAUAUAAAUGAAGCCAGAGAGGUGUUUAUCUCCUCACACACUGACGAUCUGACAGCUGGAAGUCACAGCCAGCGGGUUUAGAAGAACCAGGUUACCCCCGGGCUUUCUCAUGCUCCUCUACCCCGGCAGACUGCGUCGCUCCUCGGAUUAGCUGCUGCAGGAGAGCCACUGGUAGUCUUCGCUGCGUUUUGCACAGUGGGAUUUACAAACAAACGCCGCCGUUGUUAGAACAAAACGGAUGUCAGUGUGGUGGUCAGAGAUGGGAGAGGGUUUGGGGCCUCUCUCCCCUGUAGGAUGGUAGCCGACAGCACAGUGGAAGGCCAUGACAAGACGCACUCUUCAAGCUCAUCAUCCUCGUCCUCGUCCUCAUCCUCAUCAUCAUCCUUCUCCUCAUCCUCAUCCUUGUCUUCAUCAUCCUCUCUGUCCUCCUCGUCAUCGCUUCGUCCAGAGUCGGAGCAGCUUCGGGGUCAAGCCGGUCCGAGCCCGAACCCGAACCCGAGAACGGUCCCGUCCGUGUAUCUGACUCACUUCCGGACUUUCUCCAGCAAGGAGGACUGUAAGAUCAUCACCGACACAGCGACGAAGCUCGAGCGCUGCGGCUUCUACUGGGGUCCUCUGGGAGUGGAGGACGCCCACCGCAUGCUGAAGGACGCUCCUCUGGGAAGCUUCCUCAUCCGCGACAGCCGACAGAAGGACGUCUUCUUCACGCUGUCCUACCACGCCAAGAGCGGGCCGGUCAGCGUGCGCAUCGAGUACAAGCGGCAAAAGUUCUCACUGGCGGGCAACGAGCGCUCCUUCCCGACGCUCUUUGCCCUCUUGGAGCAUUACAGCAACUCUCCCAAGAAGAGCCUGAGCGUCCCGUACAGGAAAUGGGAGCCGACGCUGCAGGAGAUGUGCAGGAGGCGCAUCAUGGAGCUGUGUGGAGGAGCGGACCAGGUUUCAGAGCUGCCACUCACACACGUGGUCCGAGGUUUCCUGAUGGAAUUCCCUUACAAACUGUGACCAUCUUGCCUUAUAAAAUCCUGACAGUAUUGAUUUUAAUGACAGGAAGGCAGCUUUUACCAAGUAACUGUGAACUGGAGGGGUUGGUAAAGCCUGUCCAUCAUGUUUGGGAGUCUGCGUCACCGUGGUUACAGAUAAAAUCAACCUUUGAGCUGAAACAGUUUCUGAUGAGACAUUGUCACCACAGUUAUACACCAGCAGUCUCCAGCUGGACAGGGUUGUUGGAUGAUAUAACAACAUACAUUACCUCAAGAGACUCAACCCCCACUUGCACAUGGACAAAAGAAAUCUUGAGGAAAUAUAAGAAGUUGGCUGCAUUAAGAGUGAACUACAGACACAAUAGAGCUUUUACAGAAAUAAAAGAACUGACCGGGUCAACUGAGACGGUUCCUCUGGAAACUGUUGGGCCCGUAGGAUGGACUUUUAGAUACAUGGAAUCGUGGUGGAGAGUACGGCUCAAACCACCACAGACCAGGGAGAUUUAUUUUUGUAGCAAAACUGAAAUACUCUAAUAUUGUGGAAUGUUUACAUCAAACAUGAAUGUCUGUCCGCACUGAAGGCUCUAACAUGUCAUGAGCUGUGAAGUCUGAUAUCUAAUUGUACUGUAUUUAGAGGUAUCUCACCUCUAGUUCAACUGUCUCUGCCAGGCAGACAAUAUGUGAUAUCUGAUUCAGUUUGUCAUGACUGACAAACUGUAUUUUUUAUUUUUUGACUAUUCUAUUUUAAUAAAAAUGUGUUUAAACUUA